AUGCAGGUUCGGAAUAAAACAGCCCGUUCGGAGACACAAGACAUGGAGGUCCAACCGAUGGAUCAAGAUGUUGCUCCGAGCCCUAAAACGGCUGUGUUGGACGACAAUGAUAUGCACCGAAUGGGAAAGACCCAGGAACUCAAGAGAAACCUGCGCCCCGUGGCUGCGUUAAGUUUUGCUUCGGUCCUACAAGCGACGUGGGAAUUUAUCCUCAUUUCAAAUGACGAGGGCCUACAAAAUGGAGGAUUGCCUGGUAUGUUCUGGUCUUAUAUUUGGACGUUCAUUGGGUUCGGCUUCAUUAUUGCAUCCCUCUCUGAAAUGUCGUCCAUGGCCCCGACUUCUGGCGGACAAUACCAUUGGGUCUCUGAGUUCUCCUCGCCUCGAUAUCAGAAGUUUCUAAGCUAUGUUACCGGAUGGAUGUCUGUACUGGCAUGGCAAGCUGGAUCCGCUUCAGGAUCUUUUCUCACCGGAACUAUCAUUCAGGGUUUGAUUAGCGUGCGGAACCCGGACUAUGAGCCUCAGAAUUGGCAGGGAACCCUCUUCGUUUUCGCUAUGGUUUUGAUCAUCUACAUGUUCAACGUCUACGCGGCCGAGGCAAUGCCAAUCAUGAAUAAUCUCCUGAUGAUCCUACACGUUUUGUCCUGGGCUGUUAUAUUGAUUGUCCUCUGGGCUAUGGCUCCUCACCAGCCACCUUCUGCUGUAUUUUCGACGCAAUGGAAGAAUAUGGGAGGCUGGUCGACCAUGGGACUAAGUGUCAUGAUUGGACAAAUUUCAGCUAUCUACGGCUCCUUGAAUCAACAAGGCUCUGAUGCGACUGCACACAUGUCUGAGGAAGUGAAAGAUGCGGGCCGCAACGUCCCCAUUGCCAUUGCUUGGGGGUACUUCAGCAACGGCAUCAUGGCCACCAUCCUGCUGAUUACCUAUCUUUUCGCCACUCCCUCAGUCGAGGACUCUCUCGACGACGUGACAGGCUUCCCCUUCCUCUAUGUCUUUAAACAAGCGACCUCGGUAGCAGGAGUAAACGGGCUCACCGCAAUUAUCUUGCUCCCCGUCAUUUUCAGCAACAUUCUCUUCAACGCAUCUACCUCUCGCCAGACAUUUGCCUUUGCCAGAGACAAGGGUCUUCCAUUCUCGAGAUGGAUCGGCAAGGUCGAUGCCAAGCGCCGGAUCCCCGUUAACGCCAUUGUCCUGUCUUGCAUUAUCAGCUGCGCCCUUUCACUGAUUAAUAUCGGGUCUGAGACCGCAUUUAAUGCUAUCAUUUCUCUGAAUGUGGCUGCGCUGAUGUAUACAUACAUUAUCUCGAUCAGCUGUGUGAUUUACCGGAAGGUCUGGCACCCUGAUACCCUUCCAUCACGCCGAUGGGACAUGGGACGGGCAGGAUUGCCUGUCAACAUCAUUGGACUGCUCUACUGCUGUUUUGCUCUGUUCUGGUCUUUGUGGCCGAGCGAUCGGAUUGUCACACUUGAUAACUUCAAUUGGAGCGUGGUCAUCUUCGUAGGCGUUUUCAUUAUCAGCCUGUUCAUGUACAUAGUUAAGGGGCGGAAGGAGUAUUCUGGACCAGUGGUGAUGGUUCAGCACUGA